GUGACAGGGCCGACAUUGCUUGCAUCAGCGUGUGUGUGGAGUGGACGGCACUCACCGGCAAACUUACCACGAACAGCUACUUGUCUUUAGUUUAAAGUGAAAAUAUUGCCACGAUUAAAUUGAGCGAUCGGUCCCAACAAAGCGGAGUAGCUACAAACGAUCAAAUGAAGCUCUUCGUAAGUGAAGGCAACCCGCACUGCCUGAAGGUGUUAGCUGCGUUAGAAGUGACUGGAGUUCAGUGUGACGUUCAGUAUGUCAACCACGAAGAGAGAGUGGUGCCCUUCCUUAGCCGUCCAACUUUGCCAGCCAUGCUCCUGCCUAGUGGACUGCACCUUUUCAGCUCCAAUGCCAUCUGCCAAUACCUAUUUGAAGUAAAUGGACAACAAUCUAGUGAGCUUUGCAAUCAGUGGCUUGAAUGGGAGGCCACAGAUCUUCAGCCUGCGCUGCUACAGGCUCUUCACAUGGCAGUGCUGCAGAGAAGUGGCCCAGAGGUGUCUAAGGUCCUCCAGGGACCCCUAAACUACUUGGACCAAAGCUUGAGCAAGGGAAACACGCCAUAUUUAACAGGGGAAGCAGUUUCGGUUGCUGAUGUUGCUUUGUGGGCUGCACUGUACCCUGUUUUAUCUGAGUCUUCACUAGCACUGGGUGAACACAAGUCUGUGAAGGCUUGGUUUGACCGUGUGGCUGCUAUGCACAGUUGCCAGUCUGCUGCUCAGAAAGUGCUUCAGGGAAAAGGCCUGGAGGGUAUGAAGAGCUACAUGCAGAGGCAGCCUGCCCCUCAGAGCAGCCAGUGCAGAGACACACAGCCAUGCAACAGCAACCCUGCUGAGUGUGAAGAGGGAGAGCGUGUGGUUUCAGAAGAGGAGAUGGAGGCUGCUGUUCUCACCUGGAACAAAGGUUUGGAUGCCAGUGCAAAGUCUACAGAGAGAAAACACCCCAUUUUGCCACAGGAGGGCAAGCGAAACAUCCUGUUGACCAGUGCCUUGCCUUAUGUCAACAAUGUCCCCCACCUGGGUAACAUCAUUGGCUGUGUCCUCAGUGCUGACGUCUUCUCCAGGUAUGGCCGUCUGCGAGGCUGGAACCUCCUGUUUGUGUGUGGCACAGAUGAGUACGGCACUGCUACAGAGAACAAGGCCAGAGAAGAGGGCCUGACACCGCAGCAGAUCUGCGACAAGUAUCAUGCCAUUCACUCCAGCAUCUACAAGUGGUUCCAGAUUGACUUUGACUUUUUUGGCAGAACCACCACCGGGAAGCAGACGGAGAUAGCCCAGGACAUUUUCUGGCGACUCCACAAGCAUGGAUUCCUGGUUGAGGACACGGUGGAGCAACUGCGUUGUGAGAACUGUCAGCGUUUCCUGGCAGACCGCUUCGUAGAAGGCACGUGUCCUCACUGCAGCUACCCAGAAGCUCGUGGUGAUCAGUGUGACAAGUGUGGGCGGCUCAUCAAUGCUGUGGAACUCAGGGAACCCCAGUGUAAAGUCUGCAGGCAGACUCCAGUCAUCCGCUCCUCCAAACAUCUUUUCCUGGACCUGCCAAAGCUUGAGAAUCAGCUGGAGCAGUGGCUGGAGAAGUCGACCAGCACAGGAGACUGGACAGCAAAUGCCAAACAGAUCACUCGCUCUUGGCUUAGAGAUGGACUCAAACCUCGCUGCAUCACCAGGGACCUGCAGUGGGGCACACCAGUACCUCACCCUGACUUUAAAGAGAAGGUGUUCUAUGUGUGGUUUGAUGCCCCAAUUGGUUAUCUGUCCAUUACUGCCAACUACACCGACAAAUGGGAAAAAUGGUGGAAGAAUCCGGAUCAGGUGGAGCUGUAUAACUUCAUGGCCAAAGACAAUGUGCCAUUCCACAGUGUGGUGUUCCCCUGCUCUCUACUGGGAGCUCAAGACAACUACACUCUGGUCAACCACCUUGUUGCCACUGAAUAUCUGAAUUACGAGGACACUAAGUUCUCCAAGAGCCGUGGUGUUGGUGUGUUUGGAGACAUGGCAAAAGACACGGGCAUCCCGUCUGAUGUGUGGCGUUUCUACCUGCUGUAUGUACGUCCAGAGGGACAGGAUUCAGCCUUCUCCUGGGCUGACAUGGCUCUAAAGAACAACUCUGAGCUGCUCAACAACUUGGGCAACUUCAUCAACAGAGCUGGCAUGUUUGUCACUAAGUUCUUUGAGGGUUGUGUCCCUGCAAUGGAGCUACAGCAGGAAGAUAAGAAGCUCCUGGCUCUGGUGGGCUGGGAGCUGCAGCAGUACAUCCAGCUCAUGGACAAAGUCAAAAUCCGUGAUUCUCUGAAACACAUCCUGAACAUCUCUCGCCAUGGCAACCAGUACAUUCAGGUCAAUGAACCCUGGAAGAAGAUCAAGGGAGGAGACACAGAAAGGCAGCGUGCGGGCACAGUGACUGGCGUCUCUGUGAAUAUCGCCUGCUUGCUGUCAGUGAUGCUGUUGCCUUACAUGCCAACGGUCAGCCAGACGAUCAGGGAUCAACUCAACGCCUCUCAGUCCUGCAUCAAUACCAUGUUGCAAGGGACUGGCACCUUUGUUUGCACCCUGAGAGCGGGCCACCGCAUCGGCACUGUCAGUCCGUUGUUCCAGAAACUGGAGGUGGACCAGAUCGAGGCUUUGAAGAAGAGAUUUGGUGGACAGCAGCCUGAGGAUGAACCGCCUAAAAAAAAGACGACAGCUCAGAACGCUGGCAGCACUCAGCCUGCCGCUGUGCCAGCUACUGCCGCUCCUGCUGCUCCUGCUGCUGAGGUGGCGACGGUGAACGGAGUGGACCCAGAAAAAGCCAAGCUGCUCACUCAGGCCGUGGCUGAGCAGGGGGACAAGGUGCGAGCGCUCAAAGCCCAGAAGGCGGAGAAGGCCACGAUCACAGCAGAGGUGGCCAAACUGUUGGACCUUAAGAAACAGCUGGCUGUGGCUGAGGGGAAGAACCCUGAGCCUGCACCUCAGAAGAGCAAGAAGAAGUGACAGAAAAAAGGGAAAACAAAAUGACGGGGGUUCGUCAGAGGAAGGGAAGAAUAGAAUGGUUUGAGGUAUGAUAGUGGAGAAUGGGAACAAGAUGUACACUAACAGAGAGAUGAGGGUAUUGGCUUAAGGCAAAGCCGUGACAGGAUCUAAGACAAUGUGGUAUUGGCACUGAGGACUAAUGAAAUGCUGGAUAGGCCGACGGGGAAAUGAAAACACACAAAGACAGAGUCUGAAUGAAUACAGCUACAGAAUGGAGGGAUUUUUCCAAAUCCCUACACCAAAAGAAACUGAUUUUAUACUCUCCCCGUGAUAAAGUCAGCAUACGAUAUUAGCAUUGGGAGGUGUGUUGCGCAUUUAAAGAUGUUUUUUUUUAUAUCCUCUGGAAAAUUGUUUUUUUUUUUCCUGCCAUUUGCUACAUAUACCCUUUUUGGAUCCAGAAAAUAAAUUAAGUUUAGCUAAAAAGUGUCUGUACUGUCCCCCGCCCUCUUUCUCAGUUACUACUAGUUUCUCCAAAAACACUUAUUCAUACACAGGUCAUUAACAAGGCAAACAAAUAAAUAUUACAUGACACAAAAAAA